AUGAAAGACUUUGAAUCGGAUAUUCAACACCAGCAUGCACAUCAUGUAAAUCUUAUCCCCUUUUCAAGUAUGGAGAAUGGCAAACUCAGUGACUGUGACUCAACUGAUGAAUGUUUUUACCCGACUGAGGAAAUUUGUGGCGGUAAAUUACGAAAGACCGGAAACCAAGAAAAUAGCUCCCUCUCGCGUGAAGAACGACGGAGAAGACGGCGAGCAACACAAAAAUAUCGCACUGCGCAUGCCACACGUGAAAGAAUACGUGUAGAAGCCUUCAAUGUGUCAUUUGCCGAACUACGUAAACUGUUGCCAACGUUACCUCCAGAUAAAAAGUUGUCAAAAAUCGAGAUACUGAGAUUAGCAAUAUGUUACAUCUCAUAUCUCAACCACGUACUCGACUUAAGUUGA